AUGGCUGACAAGGAGGUCGUAAUGCUGAAAACACAAGCAUCCGAUGAUACCUGGGGUACUUGGACGCCGGAUAUUGUAGUUGGGAUCGAUUUUGGGAUGACUUACACUGGGGUUGCAUAUUCAUGUGCACCAGAAUGGCUUCCCCCCAAAACCAUUCAACGCUGGCCGGGAAAGUUGCCAGGCGAGCUUUCCAACAAAGUUCCCACAUGUAUUGAGUAUGAUAACGAGUCAGGCUCAAUCAAAAAUUGGGGUUUCAAGUGUGACCAAGAAGAUGGAAACGCUGACAUCAAGGAAUUUUUUAAAUUACAUCUUGCACCUCACUAUCAUGAUGACUUUCCUGGGAGCCCAAGUCGACAGGAUGCUCAGCGCUGGUUUCAAGACUACAUCCGAUGCAUCUACCAACACGUGAUUUCUCAUUUCAACACCACAAUUCCUCAUUUUAGCUCGCGUCAAGUUGAAUUCCUUUUCAGUGUGCCGACUACAUGGAAGGAUGUACGCAUGGUGGAAGAGACACGACGAAUUCUCCACCAUGCAAUCAAUUCAAAAACACCAAAUCAUCGCAUAUCUGUUGGUCUAACCGAGGCUGAAGCGGCAGCGGUUUACGCCGGAAACGAACAUUACCAGGAUGUCAAUGUUCUCAAACUCAUUUCUUCGCGAGGAGAGCCGACUAGACUCGAGCAGUUGGGUCAUGUGGAAGGUCAGCCAAUUGGGUCGGUAUUCAUCGAUAGAAAGAUGCAUCGACUAAUAUGCCAGCGAUUGGAGAGGAUCAGGGAGCACCUUAGUAUUCCACCAAGUGAGGCCGCAUGGAAAAUGACUUCAGGCCGCUUUCAGAGACUGAAGUGUACAUUUGGUGCCGAAUCUACAUUGACCCCAUGGUUGAAGCUUGACGUACCGUGUUUGGAGUCCGACUCGGACUUCCCCGAAGCCUCGGUAUCCGAGGGUCAAAUGCUCAUUGCAUGGGAUGACCUAAAAUUGUGUUUUGACACCAAGGUCGAUGAAAUGUCUGUUCUUUUGGAUGGUCACAUCAUGAAUAUGUUCAAUAAGUACCCCGACGACCACAUUAAAUAUAUUAUUCUUUCUGGCGGGUUUGGUAGCUCUCAAUAUGUGAGACAACGCCUUGUGGAUAAAUAUGGCAACACAGGCAAUCAAAACCAUCCAAACGCAGUGGGAAUGCAAAUUUUGGUUGCAGACGAGCCGCAGCUUGUUGUUGUCCACGGUCUAGUUCUUGAUCGGAUACAACAAAUCAAACGAGGAGUAGUCACGUUUGAAUCUCGAUGCUCUCCAAUAAGCUAUGGUAUUAUCUGCGACAAGAUAUAUAAUUCAGAAAGGCAUGUUGGGGAACGUGUCCGGGUUGAUCCUCGAGAUAAGAAUACCUAUGUUAUCGAUCAAAUCGACUGGCUUGUGAUUCAGGGUGCUCCCAUUCCUUAUACAGGAAUAACAAAGGCGUUUCAAUUAAAGACAGACCCGGGACGAGAAAGCGAGCCGUGGAGAGUUAGCAUUGUGAUGUCCACUUUCCCCCUCAACAAGCUACCACAAAACAUGUGCCAAAAUGGCGUACAGCGAGUCUGUGACCUCGAUAUCUCAACCGAAAAUGUCACUAGGAAGCUGAAGAAUCGACAUUGGUAUAGCAUGGGCCCGACAUUCUGGCGCACGACAUUUGAUGUUAAGGUAGUGGUCGGGCCCGCCGACCUCUCGUUUCAACUAUGGUCAAAGGACAAGAGAAUACGGAGUUCCACACACGAGCCCAUCGCUGUGAAAUGGAUGCCUGCUGGGGAAUUAUGA